CUUUACUUGCGCCGAGGGUAUGAAGGAUGAAGCUAAUGAGGUUGUGGAGGCGAUUGCCAAGAAGAUUGUCCAAGACAUGCCCUAUGAGGCGCGCGUUGAUGCUGUGGUGAAGUAUUUCACACACGAACGCAAAAUGCUUCUCAAAAAGUCUCUAGCCCGGAGAGUGCAUCUCACCCGUUCCAUGUACAUGAAGGCGGUUCCCUCGUGGUGCAACAACAAUGUUCCUUGCUACCAGCAAAUCAUAUCCAAAUGGAUAGACCCGGAGUGGAGGGUCCAACAUCGAAUGGCUUCGGAGCGGCGUGCCUUGAUGAGUGGUCCGGUACACCUUCAAGGCAACCUCAACCUCCACGCUUACGUGCAGAAGAAGAAUAGGGAGAGAGGUGAGGGCCAAGAGAAGCUCAAUACCUUCACGGGAUUAUGUCUCUCCCGCAAGUCAAAGAAACCGGAUGGGGGGUGGGUCAACCCAGGCGCUGGCUUGAGGAUUGAUGCAUACAGACGUUGA